AUGCACGUGCUAUGCCAGGGCUACCUUGAGACCUACGAAACACCAGAGGCGCUUGCGCGAGACACGGCGUGGUGGUUGGGAGAGGCGGCCUGCCUGCACGCUGCGCACACAGAAGGCAAACGCCACACUCACGUACCUGGUGAGGCGCCGUCUGCGGCGGUGGAGCGGUGGGGCGAGCUCAUGAGGCACAUGACUGAAGUGGUUGAAUCGACUCACCAUAUCACCGCGGCGCAGCGGCAAGGGGACGCCAUACCAGCGCUGUCACUGUCGCCACUGCAGAAGCCGGACGCAUCGGGCGAGGCGAACCUCCUGCAGUUUGGCAACGACGUGCAGAAUGGCGCCUGGGAGAGUCUUGAGAUUCUCGACAGUUCGCCACACGGGGGUGGUGGGGCCUCCGCUGCCAUGCACCGCGACGAGGAAUGCCUGCGUGUGUUGGAGGCGGCGCUGCGGAAUCCCACUCAGCACCGUGAUGAGGAGGCGGAGCUGCUUGAUAGCCUGCGGUACUUGUUGAAGCACCGUCCGGAGCUCAUUCUCCAGCACGAGAACUUCACCGAUCUCCAACAGGCGGUGAUCGACCGCGCAUGCUUGCACGAGGAAAGCGGUUGGACAGGGGCGGCCUUGUCACUGUUCCAGGCCCUCCCUCCCCGUGCCCAGCUCGAUUUCACGCACGCCGCGAUCUCCGCACUGCGUUCUCUGGGUCGCAUUGGCAAGUCAGCCGGUCAGUCCCUCGUGCGCUUCCUGCAUCUUCUUCUCAUGGAGCUACCACAGGGAUGGGUGUCUCUGUUAGACUACGAGGUGACGGAGGUUUUCGUGCGCGUGCUCACGGAUGUGGUUGUUCCGUGCGGAAAGCUCUUCGGCGAGGUAGACCCUCGCGCUGUGUGGCUGAAAGAGUGGUUGGCGCGGCCUUCACUCGCCCUCUCGUUGGACGCUGUUCUCCACUCGCAUCUGUGUCUCCUAGACGAUCUCGCCGCGCAGCUGCCCUCUCCCCAUGCGGCGUGUGUGCUGCUGUACCUGCUCCCACAGCUGAGCGAGCUCACCGAGCCACAGGACCCGUCUACACCGCCGUCGCAACAGCCUUGGCCGAGGCUGUUUCGCGUGCUUCUCCAGCUGCUGUGCGGUGAGGUCGGGCCAGACGCGGGCUUGUACGAAGUGGGUGCUCAUGCUCUAUGCCGCUGUGCUGGCUCUUUGUCGCCGGCAGACAAGGAGUCGACCUUCGAGGUGGCCUCGAAGGUGGUGCUCGGCUGGGCGCCAGCGGUGGCGUCGCCGGCGCACGACGCGCAGUUCGUCUUUGCCCUGCGCCUUCUGACAACGUUGCUCAUAGGUGCCAGCGAUAAGACGCCCUGGUGCAGCCCGUGCGCAUGGAAGCUCGUGGACGGCCCGCUCUUUGCGCAGUCUCGCGCGUUGCUGCCAACUCGCAAGGGGCGACGGUCGUCAGCGCACUCGCUGUUCCGCGCUCUCAUCCUCGACGUCUCAGACGUUGUACGCGAGUGCUGGGCGCGGCUGCUUCAGGCGCAAGCCCCGAAGCUGCCGAUCACCCUCGCAGCUGUCGUAAAUGACGUGUGCGGCGGCGGAAGUGCGUUUCGCUGGACUGAGCUGGUUUGGGUGUCGACCACGCUAGCCGGGUGGACCGCGCUCCAGCCGUACAUACGGACCGUCAAAGAGGGCGUCACCGAUCCGUCGGCACGCUGGGCGGAGCUGCUGAACGCGAUUGUUGAAGUUGGUGGGGGCGCUUUCGACGCCACGUCGGAGAUGUGGGCUUUCUCGACCACGUCGGCCAGCCCAUCGACGAAGAAAAAGUCGCGCCCGUCUGGCUGUCUGCGCUCCCUCACCCCGCACAGCGUGGCACUGCUGCUCCGCUGGUCUACGUGCGCGGUGGCUCGCGAUGGGUUGGCCGAGGCCGCGCGUGCUGCUUCGCUUGCCUUUCUGCGAGGGGGCCCGCACGCAGAGAGUCGGCGCCUGCGAUGGCCGCUUCUCUUGCCCGUGGAGGCGUAUCCGCAAGUCGGCUGGUCGGACUUGUCCUUCGGCGAAGACGCGUUCGGUGUCGCCCGUGCCGCCCGCGCCGGCGCCUGCUACCAGUCCAUCCACCUUCUCCUUGGAUCGACAGCCUUGCCCGCCGACAACGGCGGUGGUGGAAGUGACCCAAGUCGAGAGCUGCUUGAAGAGAUUUGGGGGCAACUCGUGGACCUGUGGCUUGCGCCGGCGCAGCUCACUCCAGACUCGGCCGUCGCGCCGACAAACCGCCCGCCCUUCGGCGAAGACUCCCUUCUAACAUUGCUUUCCGCCAUGGCCCUUUGUGUGCUCGUGCGGCCGUCUGCGGAGUUCCGGGCGUGGUUUGACCCAGCCGUCGCACAGCAGCGCAUACGUCAGCUGCGCCGGCUGUGCGAGGAGCGCCGCGGGGUGGACCCUCUAUACUUUAUGGUGCGCUUUGUCACUUCCGGCAAGGGUCGCAAGCGGCUGCCGGCGAUUUUACUGGACGGCUUCGAGGCGGAUCUGACGGUCGAUACGGUGUGCGACGUGGACAGCUUCACCGAGGGCGAGGCUCUGCCAACGGGCGACAUCGCCGCCGCCGCGACAGAGGAGGAGGCGCAGCAGCUGCAGGCGAUGAUCCGCCGCUUGUCGUCGAGCCACAGUGCGCCCCCAUCCAAGGCACAGGCUCCUGCCGCGUCGCCGCCACCCCACUCCAAGGCGCUGGCGGCGGUGGCCAGAAGCCUGCUGGCGAACCGGACAGCGCUUCGAGUCACACGUCACGACGUAGAGCAGUGUCUGGCACGACGCAGCGCCGAAGAGUGGGCAUCAUAUGCCAACACUGAGGCUCGCGUGCUGGCGGUGUGCGCGCAACUGGAACAGCAGCACUCUGCGAGCACCGCACUGCUGUCCGGCGCUCAGGUGGACAUGGUGUUUCUCGUGUCGCUGUGCCUGCGCAGCUGGUUAGGCCUCCCGACGACACACAGCACGCCUGCGCGGCGCAAGCUCUACUGGACAGCUCUACAGUGUUUCAGCGAGCACGGCAUUGCUGCUUAUGAUGCAUUGGUAGCGCGCAGCAUCGCCUUGCAUGUGGAGCGGGCACUGCGGGAGAGUGCCGCCGUCGUGAAGGGCGCCGUCUUGUUUCCUGUUUCGCGCUCAGUGCCAUUGCCCUCCGCUCUCUUUGCGCACUUGCUGGUGCGACCCUUUGCGCUGGCGAUGAGCUGA